AUGGGGAAAGGAUGCAGAAAUGAAGAGCCUAAUAUACCAUCGUUGGUAGCUCUUUCAAGUGCCAUGCUAUUACUUCAAAGGUAUGAGUUCAAGAAAAAUCAUGGUGAAUGGGUCAGUAGUGUCAAACCUGAUUUAGGUCCAGGGAUAUCAGAACGGGUGUGGGAAGCUCUUGCAGCUACAGAUGAAAAUAUAGAAGUCUGCCAAAGAGUGUUGACUGAAUUACGGGCUGCUCUGGCUUCUCUGGUUGGNUGUGUGGGAAGCUAUUGCAGCUACAGAUGA